AUGAAUAGAAUUGACGAAUACAUUGUCUUCCAGCCGUUGGAUUUAAAAGCAAUAUCCAAAAUCGUUGAGUUUCAGAUGGGACGAGUGAAGAAGAUGUUGGAACAAAAGAAAAUGAAUCUCGAGUACACAAAAGAAGCGUUGGAUCUUCUUGCUCAGCUUGGGUUUGAUCCUAACAAUGGAGCAAGACCAGUGAAGAGAGUGAUCCAGGAGAUUGUGAAGAAGGAGAUCUCAUUGAAGCUUUUGAAGGGAGAAUUUGCAGAGGAAGACACUAUUCUUCUAGAUGUUGACCAGACAAACAACAAACUUGUCAUCAAGAAGCUCGAGAUUGAUAAUGCUCAAGUUGAAGAAAUGGUAGCUUGA